AUGGCUCUCGAGAGAAUUGAGACGACCGUUGGCCAUAUUAAAGGACAAGAAGGUCCGGGGUACAAUGUAUGGCGAAGUCCCUCAAUAUUUUCCCAGACAUCACCAAGAAGACGAAUCUUUGACUCAGGAAGUGCUGGAGACGUUUCGUUCUUUCACUCAUCUAUUGACGAUAUUAUCCAGCAGUCGGGGUAUGAUUUUGCUGGCACAAGGCUCAACGGAAGAGGACCUGAAACAGCAGAAGAACCUCUGCAAGACAAGGGAGAAAGGGAUUGCUUCACUCCACCACAAAAACCGUCUAGUAAUACCUUCUCGCCGCAAUUUGAUGUGUAUGAAAAGCAGCUGACUGAGCUUCCUGAUGGAAAGAGCUCACUCCACGAUCAUCUACCUCCCAAUUCUUCUCCCGUAGAGGUCAAAACAUUCCGCGAGACCAAGAUCCAAGCCGAAGGUUUGAAGCCAAGUAUCGCGUCUGCGUCGUCACUGACCAAAGAUGAAAAGCAUGCAAGCGAGAUUACGUAUACCAGUCCGACCACCGAACGAGAGAAAUUGGUUGCUAGUAUACUUAUUUUUGAUCUACCUGCAAAAGACCAGGUGCAGAGGAAUGUCAAAGUUAAAUAUAAUGGUAAGAGAUAUAAUACUCUUCCACAAGCUGAUGCGACCCCUGAGAGUGAUGGCGAUGCGCAAGGAGAACUCCGGAAGCUGGCGCAAAAUCACCAAGCUCAACCACCCAACGCUGGAAAGAAUAUAGAGUCAGCCAAAGAUCCGAGAAGAACGACUUCGCACAAGAGUAUUACAGGAGAUAACAACAAUAAACUUAUAGAUGAGUCCAGGUCAUUACAAGACAACGGAAAAGGAUUUAUCAGACCUCCCAUAAUCAAGUCUGCAUUGCCAACAUCAGGUUCCAAAGUGAACUCGAAAGGUUUGCAAGAUGCACAGCGGAGCAAGCUCAAAGGAAAACCAACAAUAUUGCGUCCGCUCACUGAAAUUCUCCCUUUGCAUGGUGAUGGAUCUGAUUUAAAGGGAAUAGAAAUAGACUUGGAAAAAGAUGAAGCCAAAAAGGACUCCAGGAACUCAGAUAAUUGGAAGGCUGUUAGUACUCCCACUUGGGAAGUUCCCAUUCCCCAUGAGAUGGACAACAAAAUUCCUACCACCAAGAACAAGUUUUCAGAGAUUUCUGAACAGUAUUUCUACACCAAAGAUGAGAUUCCUCAAAGUCACAUAGGAACUGAUGAUGAAGUUAAUUCUACCUUGAUGAGCAUGGUACCCACUGUGAAGGAUAGGUCACAAGAUCUUGGUAAGACACCCAAUGAAAAGGAGCAAGAAAUUGGGAUAUCAGGGUUAAGUGAAACCCAAAGCCAGAAUGAUUUUAAAAUCCCAAUUGUUAAAGAGUCCCCGAAGAUUACCAAAAAGGAUUACAAGAAGCAUAAGAAAGGAAGUAAACAUAAAAAAGGACCAAAAAUUUGUCAUGUUGCUAAAGGUGGAAAUGUAGAAAGCCUAGAAUCAUCAAAACCAUCAACCUUAUUGGAUGUUACUGAUGGAAUAAAUUCUGAAGAAGAACAAGACUAUUCAGAAUUAUGUGCAUGUGAAUUUAUGAACAAAGUUCUACGUUCAGACAACCAACAAACUGGGUUGAGGAUGGAUUUGAAUAUGGCUGCUCUUAGGUACUUAGGAAAACUUGUUACUGGGCUUCAAGGAAUGAUGGGGGAGAUACUUCAAAGAUAUCAAGUAGGCUUCAGGGACUUGCAUGAGGGAUGCAUGAGAACCAGUGCAUUGGUUCAAAUUUAUGAUGAAUGGUGCAUAUCAAAAAAAUGGUCCACAUUUAAAGAUCAUCUAUCUGAUCCCAUUCAAAAAGUUUGUAGAAUGUUGGACAUUGAGGAGCCAUGGGCAUUAUUCAAAAAUAAAAAGGUCAAAGAUUGGGACAUACUCUUACAUGAGAUAUCAAUAGUAAAACAGGAACCUGACCAGUACAGAAAACUUCAGUGGAUUUUUGAAGAAAAGUUUGAAAAGAGACUUGCUACAUUUUACUUGAUGUCUUCCAAAAAGUUGGGUCAAAGCUCAAGCAUUGUAGAUAGGGUCAUAAAUGAAGGGGCAGUCAUGCAAGGGGGAAAGUUCACUCUUCCUAACAAUGAAACUAUUCAAUUAUUUGAAAACAAAUGGGGUGAAGAAUAUACCAAUCUCUAUUUAACAUGCCCAAGUAGUUGGAUCUCAUCACUGGUCAUAUCUCGUCUCAAAGAAUUAGCUAUGCUGGCCAAUCGUCCAGAUGUACAGAAAUGUGAGAAAGUUCUGUCUAGACACCCAAUAAUAUCUCAUGGACUUAAGUUAGGGGAAAUCCUGGUUGCAACUCAUGUUGGUCUUGAGAUUCACAAGGUCCAUUAUUUGAACAUAUUGUUUCAGAGCCAGAGACAUCAAAUGGAACACCACUUGAUAGCAAGAGGCUAUAUUGGAAGAUGGUCUCAAGAUCUGCCCCAUGAUUUGAGAGAAAGGUCACAUAUGUUCAAAGAAUAUUUUGACCUUAUGGGAAAGAAAGUUUGGGGUUUAGAGAAGUGGAUUGAGAAUUACUUCACAAACCACAAAUUCAAGUGCUCACUCUGUAAUCAUUAA